CACACGCGGCUUAUUUAUCAGCCACAAGAGGGUUUACUCAUACUAGUCACCUUCACAUCGAGCUGAAACAGACAGUAUAUAGACUUUGUUACACCAAAGUAAGAAUUGAUUUAAACUUAACUAGUCUCCGUUAAUAUUGUGGAGUUGUUUAUUGCUGUGAAACUUGUGAAAGCAGUGGGCGGUGAGAACUGGACGGGCAAGUAACCCAACUAACAACUGUAUGUGAAUGUAAAGAGGGGAAGCUACAGAAGAAACAACAACCCGCGGAUAUGGCACAUCGAUUUCGCGUUUAAAUGUCGGGUUUGGACUGACAGACACGAUAAAUGUUCAUGGUUAAAAUGAAUGGAAGCGCGUGAUUAGACGCAGCGCGAGAUAUGGACAUAACAGAUUCUUUGCAUUCUCAACUAAGAAAACCUGCCAGUCUUGUACAAUAAACACAACUGCCUUUGCCAGAUCCCUGCCUUUGGGGUCGGGUUCAAAGGCAAAGCAGUCCGAGCAUGCUUUCAAACAAGUCCUGUGAGAACAUCACUCGGAUAGACGUGAAUGGCAACCCGGUGUUGAGCACGAUCAUGUUCAUCGCUGGUGUAGUUGGCAACCUGGUGGCCUUGGCCAUCCUGGGUGUCCACCAAAAAGAGCGUCGCACCAAGACCUCAGUCUUCUGCAUUCUCGUGACAGGCCUCGCUCUGACAGAUCUGUUGGGAACGUGUUUACUCAGCCCACCUGUUUUUGUUUGCUACGCUCAAAGCCUAUCCCUGGUGGGUCUUACGGGAAAUCGGUGGCUGUGUGAACUCUUCGCCUUUGCCAUGACCUUCUUCGGUCUCGCUUCGAUGCUGAUACUGUGCGCGAUGGCAGUCGAACGAUGCCUCGCUAUAAGUCACCCAUAUUUUUACUCCAAACACGUACGUCGAAGCUUCGCAAAGGUCGCCUUGUUCCUCAUAUAUCUCUUCACCUUUGUUUUCUGCUUGCUGCCUUUCUUCGGAUACGGACGACACAAGCAGUACUGUCCUGGAACGUGGUGUUUUAUCAAGAUGGAGGCGGAAGGCGAAGGCGAAGAUGAGGAGCGGAGGACUCUGGCUUUUUCGCUGUCCUAUUCCGUGCUGAUGGCGCUUUUAAUCGCUGUAGUUUUCUUGUGCAACGGUUCGGUUAUUGUUACCCUUUGCCGUAUGCACCGGAGUCAGUUGUCUCGACGGGGUUCGGUGUUGUCGGCCGGACGCAAGAGGAGAAUGAGCACCUGGUUUGGACAGGGAGAAGAAGAGAUGGACCAUCUGGUACUGCUUGCCUCCAUGACCUUCAUCUUCGUCAUUUGCUCCUUGCCUCUGACUAUUUGUGGUUUCUUGAAUGCCGUCAGUCCGGUGGGGAACGACCAGCAAAACCUCGCGGCUUUCCGCUUCCAUGCUAGUAACCCCAUCCUGGAUCCUUGGAUCUUCAUCAUCUUUCGUAAGACGGUCUUUAAACACCUCAGAUCCUUCUUCCGCUGUCGUUUUCCCAAAGAUGCAGUAAAGAGCACGGCUCAGAACGCCCUGUCUGUCCCGUUGGAAGUAGGAGACACCAGUAACAGCACCGCCAUACAGAGCAAGAUCUAUUGUACCCUCCCACAAUGAGAUCUUGAGGAUAUAAGGACAAAAUGACAUUGUGUGCUUAAAAAGUCAGGGGGGUUGGACUUUAUUUGGUUAAGCCUAAAAAGACAAUAUGAAUGUAUCAAACCAAGAAUGACAGCAUGUCGAAAAAUGGACAAAAAUUGGUCUGGCCGCAGUUUCAUUAAAUGGAAGCAAAAGACUUUGUAAAUAUGAACAUUUAUGCCUAAGCAGGUGAAAAAUCCCUAGAUGUGCAAGUGUGCUUGCUAAAAUAACUGAAACCAAAUGUAUAAAAACAACCAUUAAGCAAAUUUGAGGAUGUGGCACAUACCAAAAACCACAUGCAUACCCAAAACAGAAGUGUGUACAGAUGUUCACAAACAGUAGUCUGCAGUUUAUCAGUACCUAACAAGCAUCGAGAAACGUCCAAUGUCAGAAACUUUGGAUACAGAUUAAAAUCCUAAGAAAUAAAUGUACUUAUGUUGUUCCAA